CUCACGAAGAGAGCAAUCACGAAGUCACGAGGCUGUACAACCAAGCUAUCAAAACCUUCCACGCUCCUUAACACUUCUAUUCUUCGCUUCCGGGCCAUGUCCUUGAGAUAAUAAUCGACUCUUUGCGACAGUACACCACAUCUAGUCCGCCUUACGAUCUGAUAUGUGUACCUGAGGUUUUCGAUUACCUACGCAAUAAUGGGAGCUUGCGCAUCAUGUUUGGGAAGGGGCAAUGGUAAUAACUACGAUGAGGAGGAAGAGAACCGCCUUCUUUACGAUGAUGCCAAUGGUAUGCAAUACGGUAGCUUCGGAGACCAAGCUAUAAACGGCGAGAACGAUACGCUCGAAGCUCAGCGAGAGAACGAGGCCCUUCAACGAGUAAUAGCCAAGACAUCAGACAAUAUGGUGGACAUCUUUGAUAUCGCUCCGCAAGAGAACACAAAUCGUGGAGCAACGACACCUUUCGCCUACGCUGGUCAAGGUGCACGCCUUGCACGAUACCAACAUCUCGUAUCAAAACUUAGCAACCAGGGUGACAAUAACCCUGCGAGCGGUGUCAAAGUCGACUGGCUUCCAGAAGACGAGACCAUAGAGAUGCAAAAGAAUGGUCCAGCUAGCAUCAAGACUCUCGAGAGCGAUGAGGGACCUCUUGUGGGGACCUUUGCAGAUGCUGCGGCGGCAAUGCAGUAAUGACGGCUUUCGUUGAACAGAGGAAGCACCCUUCGUUUGCCUAACAAUGCGGAAGAGAAAGCUGAAAGCCCCCAGAGUGGGCAGUCAGCAAUUGCGACAUGAAACUGUAAUGCAAUAUUCGCGAUACACGACUGAUGACGAUACACACAGUACGUUUUGGUGUUCAAGACCGCUGCGAUUGCCCCGAUCUAAAUCAUCAACCCCCUGGUGGCUCAAAUUGGAUGAGGUUCAUCUCGGU